UUCAAGACGAAUUGACAACGCCGUGCAUCUAGCAGACGAAAUAAUCGCUGAAAAAUUAAAAGUGUUCAAUAACAAAAAGAUGUUCCCAAAAAGGCAGGCCACGGUCAGAGGCUCUCGUAGGCUUCCAUCAACACCUCGAGGUCGAGGUAGGGCCAGAGGAACACCCCUGUUAAGCCGCUCAAGUAACUCAAUCACAUUAGCCACUAGUCAAGAAGAAGAUGUAGCUGGGCCUUCUGGGGAAGAAGUGGUACCUAACGAAGAAGUGGUUUCUUCUUUUCGGCUUCCAUCAACACCUCAAGGUAGGGCCAGAGGUAGACCCCCGUUAAGCCGUUCAUCACCUAACUCAAUCACAUUAGACACUAGUCCAGAAGAAGAUGUAGCUGGGCCUUCUUUGGAAGAAAAUAUAGCUAGCGAAGAAGAUGAUUGUGAUGAAGAGUCUGUAGAUGUGGAGGCCAGUCUGCAGCAGCGUGAACCUGAACCACCUCCAGGGUCAACGCCGAUUCCACUUACCAGACAAUCGACCUGGCCAUUGUGGCGGACAGAGUGCUUUCGCAAUUGGUCUGAAACUGAAAACGGAAAAGUUCAUGCCAUCUGCAAGUUAUGCAACGUUUUCUUCAUGGGCUCAUGGAAAGCUUUCAGCAACUUUUCGCUUCAUUUGAGUCGAGUUCACAUGGAAUUAUUCAACAAGUUCCUCAAGUCCUCCAACACGUCUCGCCAAUUACCAAUCACCGCUUUUGCCAGAGAAAGGAACGUCAGCUCUAGUCACCAAGCCAAACUGGACAAGUACUUGACAAGAGCUUUUGUAACGGGAAACAUUCCGCUCCUUUUCACUCGUAAUGAAGACUUUAUCAAGUUUCUGAAGCUCGGAAUUCCUGGCUUUGUCCCCCCUACUGAUUUUACAAUGAGAAGAAGGCAUGUUCCAAACGAAUACGACUGCAUCAAAAAAGUUGUGGAGGCAAAGAUCGGGCAGUGCACAGCGGUAACCAUUAUCUUAGAUAUCUGGUCGUCGAAACGCAUGUGCGGUUUUAUUGGUUUCAAUCUCGAAGCUGUAACGAAGACCUUCGAGAUGUUCACUGCCUUCCUCUGCAUUCGACAUAUGACAGGCAGGCACACUGGUGAAGCCAUUCUUGCGGAAUACGAGGAAGUUCUUAAAGAGUGGAAUAUCGACCCCUCUCUGGUUGUAAGGGUUGUGACCGAUAACGGAUGGAACAUGAUCAAAGCCUUCAAGGUUCAGUUCCCUAAACCCUCUGAUCCAAUUCCACAGUCGUUUGAUGACUCCCUUGAAUCGCCUUUGAUUGAACAGGCAGAUGAGAUGGUUCAAUUGGAACUUUCGGAUUCUACUUCUGGGGCCUUGACUGAGUUGUUAUCUAUCGAUCCAGAUGAUGAUGAAGAGUGGCUGGGAUUAAACAAAGACCUAGACGACAGCUAUUUAAACGUUCCCAGAAAGACAACUUCUCGUACAGGACCUUGGCAGGAUGAAGCAGGUUUCGGUCAUUCUUCUUCAUGGCAAUCGACUUUUCAGAUGAGUAGCAAACUUCGAGAGUCCUGCAAAGCUCAUGAUAUUCAGCUCGUUGUUGAAGACGGACUAAAAGUUCUUGAUCAAACAGCAGUUAGUGCUGUUAAGCGCGCUGGGGAUAUUAUCAACUCAAUCCGAAAAAGUGUGACCGAUACCGAAGUUGUUUUUAAUGCAGUCAAGUUCCGAUUGGUCGCCAAAAACGCAACUCGGUGGAACUCUCUGCUGUUCUCACUUCAGUCACUUGUCAAGGCCCUUGAUGCUGACCCCCAGAUUCAGUCUCGCCUGAACGCAACCAAAGACAACAAGCGAAAGCUGUCAGCUGUGGAUAUAAAGAUACUGAAGGAGAUAAUCUUAAUUCUGAUCCCGUUUCAAGAAGCAACCGAUGAACUUCAGGGUGACUACGAAACCAUCGGCUCCGUAAUUCCGGUCUACUUAGACUUGUCCAACAAAGUUUCAUUGACUUCUUUUAAUGUCAAUGGCAAUUUUGUUUUGAACCCGGACUGUCCUCUUGCUGGUAAGAUCUCUCAUUGCAAAGGUCUGGUAGAGGCACUUAAAGCUUCCCUACACAAGAGGCUGUCAUAUGUCUUAAACGACACUGUCUACAUCUUAGGUGCUAUUCUCGAUCCGCGUUUCAAAACGGAUUGGAUUGCUAGUUCUCCCCUUAACGAAGAAGACGUUCUCGAUUGCGUAAAAUCUGAACUUGUGUAUCGCUUUCGUCAGAUGAAAGACGAAUAAACGAUCGUUCCAGAUGGGCACUCACCGGGUUCACCUCUACCAAACCAAAACCAAACCAGCAACGACUCUCCAACCGGUCAGCCAGCAUCAAAAAGGUCGAAGCCGUCAAUGCCUGUGCGGCAACUUUUCAGUUCUUUAAAAAGAACACCUCGACCCCCUUCUGGUGCUUCAACAUCAAAAGUACUAGAAGACUUCGAGUUGUACCUGUCCGAUCCAAUUUGCCUGAUGGAAGAAUUGAUCGAUGAGAAGAAUCCAGAGGCAGGAUAUCGUCCAUUGCGACCAUUGAAAUUUUGGCUGAAAAGUAGGCAUCGAUUUCGAGUCCUUUCUUUUAUUGCCCGCGACGUUUUGGGCAUAGCAGCCUCAUCCGGAAGCAUUGAGAGGGCUUUCAGUACCGCAAUGGACAUCUUUGGGAUCAAGAGCGUCAAUAUGAAGACGGAUAUGCUCAAUCAGCGUAUGUUCAUCAAGCGAAACAAAAACUUUACGGUCUGAACUGUUGCUUUUCUGAAGAUUGUUGUUUGAUAUCCAAGUUUAAAGUAAUUUCAAUACACAAUCAAUGAUAUAUU